GAGCUCUCACAGUCUUCCGAACCCGAACAGACUUGAAUUCGUCAAAGCGUUUGACAGACUUUGAGAGAGCACUCUGCGAAACCGGACGAUCCCCCUCAUAGCCAGCGCAUGUGAAUGCCCAUCAUGUAGGAUCCCGUUCGAAAAACCGGAAUGUCAGAUUCCAACUCAAUCUCGCCUGCCCCGGUCUUUGUUCGAUCCUGAUACCGCGUCGGGGUACGGCGAGAAAACUUGCAUGAAAGGUACUCAGGCUCGCAUUUGAUGACAUAAUUACUGACUACGCUACUCCAUCUUUACAGAACUACAGCUUUCGUGAUGAUUUCAUGAAUACCACGGUCGGUUUAGGUGACAUGGAAAACAUUACGAUGACUAGAGUAUCGGCGACACACAAGUUGACAGCCUCGGUGAUUGUGAAAUCAGACUAAUCUUCACGACUUUGGUCUCGUCUGCCGGUAACCACUGCACUCCAUACCAUUCUCUGUGAUAUCCAUCCCCGUCGUUUCAUAACUUUUCACCCAAAGAAUUCAGCUAUAUAAAUGAGCUUCCAAGGAAGUCAACGAAGUAACAGCUCACUCACCAGCUUACUUCCAUACUCUACAACUCCUUUAGGUAUUGCCUACAGCUUCCUCAUAAUGUCCGCCGAAUAUCCCGCCCAUCUUCCGCGUGGUAAAGCGUGUGUGCCUUGCAGACGGAGAAAGAUGAAAUGCGACGGGAACAAGCCUAAGUGCAACCAGUGUCUACGAUUCAGCCGCUCGGAAGAAUGCGAAUAUAACGAGGUCGCUGUACCGUCCACUGCCAGAGUCCUCGAGCAGCAUAUAGCUCGUCUGCAGUCGCGCAUCCAAGAACUCGAGCAGGAUGACCCCUCUCUCGUCAAGUUACAUAACCCGUAUCACCGGGCACCAGUCGCUUCUCCUCCACCCGCCGUUCAAGAAUGGUGGCAGAUACCCGAACCACCUCCACGCGUGGCACAAUUUCUGGUCAAUCAAUUCCUCCCUCAUGCCGCCAAGUUCGGCUUUUUCUUCCAAGCCUCUCGAUUUGUCGCAAGUAUGUUCAACCCGACGGUAUCCAAGCCUCGCCCACCAACUGUUUUGCGGAAUGCCGUGUAUUUGUGGGGCAUUUCGUUGUCACGCGACAGACAGUACACAGCUCGCGAGGCUCUGUUCCUCAGCCGAGCGUUGAGUAGUAUCCAUGCUGCGCUCUCUAGUGCGCAGCCUCAGGACACACUUUACGUUCUGCAAGCAGAAAUCCUCCUAGCGUACUACUUUUUCCACAACAGCCGUCUUAUCGAAGGAAAAUUUCAUUCGGGUGCUGCGGUGUCGUUGGUCAUCAUGUGUGGACUGCACAAGCAAGGAGGAGGUUCUUCUGCGCCGACUACAGAUAUGUCAAUGAGCCCUCUGGGUUUCACGUUGCCGCCACCUAGGGACGCCUUAGAGGAAGGGGAGCGUAUUCAUGCCUGGUGGACUACGUUCAUCCUUGACAAAUGCUGGGUCGUCGCCUUGGGAUCUCCGUCUACGAUCACGGAAGAUGAUAACUCCAGUACUAGAAUCGACACUCCUUGGCCGCUGGAAUUGGAGGCUUAUGGUCAGCAACCUCGCUCUCGAAAUAGUCACACCAUUCGGACGUUCAUUCAAGGUCUUCUCACCGGAAGUGGCAAACGUGACGCAUCUUUCUUUGCAACAUAUGCAAAGGCAGCAGCACUCUAUGAGAGGACGACGCGUUACGCUACGUUAUGGGAGAAGGAUAUUACUUCUCACCAAGCCGAUUUCAAUGAACUCGAUGCUUGUAUAGAACGCUUCAAACAGACGCUUCCCUCACCGGAACGUGUCAAUCCCGACACUACUCACACAUUGCUCGUCAUGCACUCCCUAGGUCACUGUGCCACUAUACAGCUUCAUACUCGUUUCGUUGGCCAGAGCUCCACUUCUCGAAGUCGAUGCUUGACAGCGGCGAACGCUAUCGUCCGUUUGACUCAAAUUCUUCCUGUCCGCCAAUUACCGUGCAUUAACCCGAUCAUGGCGGUAAGGUUUCCGUGCUUUGGACUAUGACUAGUGAAGUCUUGUCCGGCGGACUUAGGUCUUUGAGAAGUAUGCGGUCCGCUUGGGCAUCUUCUUCUGCCCUCCCGGGAGAAGACGUUCUCGUGUCGGCGUUAGUGCAAGUCAUUAACGCUUCGGAAUUCUUCGCAAAUACUUCUCCUUACAUGAACACUCGUUUAUCGGAAAUCCGACAACAUCGCGUCAACGUUUGAGACUGCGUCUCUCCAACUUUCGUUGCAUAGCCCUAAAUUAUUGAACCCAAUUUUCCGGACACAUUUUUUAUGUAUCAUGCAUCAUCCUGACUGUAUCAUUGUAGACUUGUAGACGUUACGGUAUCAUAAUGAAGCUCGUACUACAUAUUUGUAUUUAAGCACCUCUAUUGUACAUAGAUUCAGAGCUUUCUAUUUAUAAUGAUCUAUGUUAUUUUUACUAUUUCAGCUAUUAUGGGCCGGAAGGUUGUACAGACCGUUGAAGCUUGAAAGCUCGAAGUACUGGCUGUGCCAAAGGACGUCAUCGACAUCAACCAAUCAAGUCACGCUGCACCG